AUGCUAGAUUUCAACCAUUGUAUCAACUCAUGUGAAUUAAUUUCUGCUCCAAAAACUAGUAUUAAAUUCUCUUGGUGUAAUAACAUAGCUGGUGUUAAGAGGAUACUCUGCAAUUUAGAUAGAGCAGUAUACAGUUCAAAGUGGUUGGACUUAUACCCUAACUGGGAAUAUAAUGUUGGAGCCAUGGAUGUGUCAGAUCAUGGACCUUUAACUGGAAAAAAUAAAGAUAUAUCUAAGCCACAUAACAUACCAUUUAAAGAUUUCAAGAUAUGGUCCACUCAUGAAACAUAUAUGCAAGUAGUUGAAGCUGAAUGGAAAAAGGAGAUACAUGGUACUCCUAUCUUUGUAUAUAUGCAAAAACUUAAACUUCUAAAGGUAACUCUGAAGAAGUGGAAUUGGGAAAUCUUUGGAGAUAUAAACACUAAGAUGAUACAGGCUGACAAGAAUGUUUUAUCUGCUACCCUCUUAUUUGAUAGUAGUCCAGAAGACAUUUAUCUCUUGAACAAAUUGGUGUCUGCUAGAGGGACUCAAGAAAUUAUUUCAGCUCAACAAAGGGAGUUCCUUCAUCAAAAAUCCAGAGUCAAAUGGCUAAAAUAUGGUGCAGCUAACACAAGAUUCUUCCAUAUAACUAUGAAACUCAAGAAUGCUCAUAAUAAUAUUUCUGAACUUGAGACAAUUAAUGGGUCAUUAGUGGCUACUCACCAUGAAAUUUCUAAGGAACUAGUUAAAUUCUCAAGCUAA